AUGCGUCCAUCCGACGAAGUUCCCAUCAGUGAUAUUAUCAAUAGCUUUGAUUACAACAAUUUUGAGCCAUUGUUUGGCUCAGAAUUUCCAUCCGAUCCUUCGCAGUUGAUUGAUUUCGAUCAGUUGAGUGAAAUUGAGGAUAUAAGUAGCAAAGAAUCGAUACCCGAGAUCACAAAUGCUCCUCAUCCUGGCUUUUCAAACAGCCAUGGUUUGUUGGGUCGCACUAAUUUGGGCUCAUUACUUGGUUCAUAUACAGAUUCAAAUAGGAAUGUGUGGAGAGAUGCUAAUGGAGAAUUAAAAACAAAUGAUGAUAAAGCACGAUAUCCUAUCAUUAGAGAUGCUCAAAGUGAAACUUCUUCGCCACUUAAUGUCGACACCGAUGACAUUAUUACAUAUAUGCACUUACCUGGUUCACAACAAAAUGCGGUUCCGAUCUAUUUUCACCAACUUACUCUUUCCCCAGAUGACACAUCCGAUCAACACGGAAAUGCUGAACAGAACAAUAUGGGCAAUAAGCACUUCUCGGAUAACUUGAUUGUCCCCGACUACAGGGAAAAUACCAAUGAACGAUCAGAAACAGAUAACAAAAAGUAUAUUUGUCAUUAUCCCGGCUGUACUGUGUUCACAAAAGAUUACAAAGAAUAUAUAACACAUAAGAAAUCUCACGGUCAGCCCUUCAUCUAUGAAUGCAAAGUGCCCAGUUGUGGACGGACAUUCCACCAUGGUUCAUCAUUUCGCAAUCACAAGCAAACGCAUGAACCUCAUCCUCAGUGCGAGGGUUGUGGCAAAUUCUUUACCAGUAGGAAUCAGCUACUGUAUAAUCACCAGAAGCAUUGCCAAACAAAUUUUCGCGAACGAAGCUACGAAUGCCUUUAUCCCGGAUGUACUAUGAUCACGAAAAAUUACAAAGAAUAUGUAAUACAUAAAAAAACACAUGGUCAACCCUUCAUCUAUGAAUGCAGAGUGUCCGGUUGCGAGCGAAUAUUCCAGCAUAAAUCAUCAUUUUGCAAUCACAAGCAAACGCAUGAACCUCAUCAUCAAUGCAAGUGCUGUGGAAAAUUCUUCAGCACCAUGUAUGGACUACAAAGACAUAAGAAGCUCUGCCCAACAAAAUUUCAUAAACAAGGUUAUGAAUGCCUUUAUCCUGGAUGUGCUGUGAUCUCGAAAAGUUACAACGAUAAUAUAAAGCAUAAAGAAACACACAAUGGACCUUUCAUCUAUGAAUGCAAAGUGCCCAGUUGUGGGCGGACAUUCCACCAUGAAUCAUCAUUUCGCAGUCACAAGAAGACACAUAAACCUCAUCCUCAGUGCGAGGGUUGUGGCAAAUUCUUUUACCGUAUGGAUGUACUGAAGUCUCACAAGAAAGUGUGCUCCAGAGCUCCUCGUUAG